UUACUGAGGAAAAUGGCAUUUGAGGUAGAAAACAGCCAUAAUCGUGUUGAAUGGCAGAGCAGACUCCAACAGCCGAAUGGCCUACUCUUGCUGUUACAUUUACUGCAGAAAUGUCCAGCCUGAGCAAACUUGUUUGUUUGGAUUUGCAUUACCAGACCGCCAUGAUUCUGCAGCGAUUGUUGUGUUUUUCCACCCUCCUGCGAUCUUCACUUUCUGUCGCGAUUCGGCGAAACAUUGGGUUCACUGCUGUGGUGUUUAACAAGACCCAGAACCUCGAUCCUAUCCAAAAACUCUUUAUUGAUAAGAUCCGUGACUAUGACGCUAAAAGCAAGAAAGCGGGUGGUCCUGUUGAUGCUGGUCCAGAAUACCAGAAGAAUAUGGAGGAUGAGAUUGCCAAAUUGCAGCGGCUCUAUGGGGGAGGAGACCUCACCAAAUUCCCAGAUUUUAAAUUUGAAGAACCGAAAUUUGAUGAAGUCGGCAAGUGAGUGAUGAUCUUCAGAAAGGAAGAGAUCACCUGUUAUUCAUUGAUAUUUCAUGGAACUGUAAAUGUAAUUUAAUAAAUUCCACUGGAUUAAA